AGGGCUGAGGCUCCUGUGAUGCCUGGCGCCGAAGGACCCAAGCGCCUCCGCCUGAGGCCCCGGCCCGUCAUGCUGCUGCCGCGCCUGAGCCCGCGGGCUCCGCUGCUGCUGCUGCUGCUGGUCCUGCUGCUGGGGGCCGCGCCCCGGGCAGGCGGGGGUCCGCAGCCCCCUUUCCGCACCUUCACUGCCAGCGACUGGGCGCUGACCCACCUGGUGGUCCACGAGCAGACGGGCGAGGUGUAUGUGGGCGCCGUGAACCGCAUCUACAAGCUGUCGGGGAACCUGACGCUGCUGCGGGCGCAUGUGACGGGCCCGGUGGAGGACAACGAGAAGUGCUACCCCCCGCCCAGCGUGCAGUCCUGCCCGCACGGCCUGGGCAGCACCGACAACGUCAACAAGCUGCUGCUGCUGGACCAGCCCGCCAACCGCCUGCUGGCCUGCGGCAGCGCCUCACAAGGCAUCUGCCAGUUCCUGCGCCUGGACGACCUCUUCAAGCUGGGCGAGCCGCACCACCGCAAGGAGCACUACCUGUCGGGCGUGCGCGAGGCGGGCAGCAUGGCCGGCGUGCUGAUCGCCGGGCCGCCCGGCCAGGCGCAGGCCAAGCUCUUCGUGGGCACGCCCAUCGACGGCAAGUCCGAGUACUUCCCCACGCUGUCCAGCCGCCGGCUCAUGGCCAACGAGGAGGACGCCGAGAUGUUUGGCUUCGUGUACCAGGACGAGUUCGUGUCCUCGCAGCUCAAGAUCCCCUCGGACACGCUGUCCAAGUUCCCGGCCUUCGACAUCUACUACGUGUACAGCUUCCGCAGCGAGCACUUCGUGUACUACCUCACUCUGCAGCUGGACACGCAGCUGACCUCGCCCGACGCUGCCGGCGAGCACUUCUUCACGUCCAAGAUCGUGCGGCUGUGCGUGGACGACCCCAAGUUCUACUCCUACGUCGAGUUCCCCGUCGGCUGCGAGCAGGCGGGCGUGGAGUACCGCCUGGUGCAGGACGCCUACCUGAGCCGGCCCGGCCGGGCCCUGGCCCACCAGCUGGGCCUGGCUGAGGACGAGGACGUGCUGUUCACCGUGUUCGCCCAGGGCCAGAAGAACCGCGUGAAGCCGCCGCGGGAGUCGGUCCUCUGCCUCUUCACGCUCAGGGCCAUCAAGGAGAAGAUCAAGGCGCGUAUCCAGUCCUGCUAUCGCGGUGAGGGCAAGCUCUCACUGCCCUGGCUGCUCAACAAGGAGCUGGGCUGCAUCAACUCGCCCCUGCAGAUUGACGACGACUUCUGCGGGCAGGACUUCAACCAGCCCCUGGGCGGCACGGUCACCAUCGAGGGGACGCCCCUGUUCGUGGACAGAGACGACGGCCUGACCGCCGUGGCCGCCUACGACUACCAGGGCCGUACGGUGGUGUUCGUGGGCACGCGCAGCGGCCGCAUCCGCAAGAUCCUGGUGGACCUCUCGAACCCCGGCGGCCGGCCGGCGCUGGCCUACGAGAGCGUGGUGGCCCAGGAGGGCAGCCCCAUUCUGCGUGACCUGGUGCUCAGCCCUGACCGCCGUUACCUGUACGCCAUGACAGAGAAGCAGGUGACACGGGUGCCUGUGGAGAGCUGCGUGCAGUACACAUCGUGUGAGCUGUGCCUGGGGUCCCGAGACCCCCACUGCGGCUGGUGUGUCCUGCACAGCAUCUGCUCCCGCCAGGAUGCCUGCGAGCGGGCCGCGGAGCCCCAGCGCUUCGCCGCGGACCUGCUGCAGUGCGUGCAGCUCAGCGUGCAGCCUCGCAACGUGUCCGUGACUACAUCUCAGGUUCCGCUCGUGCUGCAGGCCUGGAACGUGCCCGACCUCUCGGCCGGCAUCAACUGCUCCUUCGAGGACUUCACCGAGUCCGAGGGCGUUCUGGAGGACGGCCGGAUCCACUGCCGCACCCCCUCUGCCCGGGAGGUGGCGCCCAUCACGCGGGGCCAGGGAGACCAGCGGGUGGUCAAGCUCUACUUGAAGUCCAAGGAGACGGGCAAGAAGUUCGCGUCCGUGGACUUCGUCUUCUACAACUGCAGUGUCCACCAGUCCUGCCUGUCCUGCGUCAGCGGCUCCUUCCCCUGCCACUGGUGCAAGUACCGGCACGUGUGCACGCACAACGCCGCCGACUGUUCCUUCCUGGAGGGCCGCGUCAACGUGUCUGAGGACUGCCCACAGAUCCUGCCCUCCACCCAGAUCUACGUGCCCGUGGGCGUGGUGAAGCCCAUUGCCCUGACCGCCCGGAACCUGCCGCAGCCGCAGUCGGGCCAGCGGGGGUACGAGUGCCUGUUCCACCUCCCGGGCCCGGCCCGCGUCGGCGCCGUGCGCUUCAACAGCUCCAGCCUGCAGUGCCAGAACUCCUCGUACUCCUACGAGGGCAACGACGUCAGCGACCUGCCUGUGAACCUGUCGGUGGUGUGGAACGGCCACUUCGUCAUCGACAACCCACAGAACAUCCAGGCCCACCUGUACAAGUGUCCUGCCCUGCGGGAGAGCUGCGGCCUCUGCCUCAAGGCUGACCCUCGCUUCGAAUGCGGCUGGUGCGUGGCGGAGCGCCGCUGCUCCCUGCGUCCCCACUGCCCCGCAGACUCGCCCGCCGAAUGGAUGCAUGCCCGCCACGGCAGCAGCCGCUGCGCGGACCCCAAGAUUCUCAAGCUGUCCCCUGAGACGGGCCCGCGGCAGGGCGGCACACGGCUCACCAUCACGGGAGAGAACCUGGGGCUGCGCUUCGAGGACGUGCGGCUGGGCGUGCGCGUGGGCAAGGUGCUGUGCAGCCCGGUGGAGAGCGAGUACAUCAGCGGCAGAGCACCGCUGAGGCCCCCGUGUGCCCACAGGAUUGUCUGUGAGAUCGGGGACGCCAGCACCGUGCGGGCCCACGACGCCCUGGUGGAAGUGUGCGUGCGGGACUGCUCCCCUCGCUACCGCGCCCUGUCACCCAAGCGCUUCACCUUUGUGACGCCAACCUUCUACCGCGUGAGCCCUGCCCGCGGCCCCCUUUCGGGGGGCACCUGGAUUGGCAUCGAGGGCAGCCACCUGAACGCGGGCAGCGAUGUGGCGGUGUCAGUCGGCGGCCGGCCCUGCUCCUUCUCCUGGAGGAAUUCCCGGGAGAUCCGGUGUCUGACGCCUCCGGGGCAGAGCCCAGGCAGCGUCCCCAUAGUUGUCAACAUCAACCGUGCUCAGCUCACCAACCCUGAGGUCAAGUACAACUACACCGAGGACCCCACCGUCCUGAAGAUCGACCCCGAGUGGAGCAUCAGCAGUGGAGGGACCCUCCUAACAGUCACAGGCACCAACCUGGCCACUGUCCGUGAACCGCGCAUCCGAGCCAAGUAUGGCGGCGUUGAGAGGGAAAACAGCUGCCUGGUGUACAACGACACCACCAUGGUGUGCCGGGCCCCGUCGGUGGACAACGGCGCGCGCAGCCCACCCGAGCUUGGGGAGCGGCCGGACGAGCUGGGCUUCGUCAUGGACGACGUGCGCGCUCUGCUGGUGCUCAACACUUCGUCUUUCCUCUACUACCCGGACCCCGUGCUGGAGCCGCUCAGCCCCACCGGCCUGCUGGAGCUGAAACCCAGCUCGCCGCUCAUCCUCAAGGGCCGCAACCUGCUGCCGCCGGCGCCCGGCAACUCUCGCCUCAACUACACGGUGCUCAUCGGCUCGACGCCGUGCGCCCUCACUGUGUCCGAGACGCAGCUGCUCUGCGAGUCGCCCAACCUCACCGGGCAGCACAAGGUCACGGUCCGGGCCGGCGGCUUCGAGUUCUCGCCAGGGGUGCUGCAGAUGUACUCAGAGAGCCUGCUGACGCUGCCCGCCAUCGUGGGCAUCGGCGGGGGCGGCGGCCUCCUGCUGCUGGUCAUCGUGGCCGUGCUCAUUGCCUACAAGCGCAAGUCGCGGGACGCCGACCGCACCCUGAAGCGCCUGCAGCUGCAGAUGGACAACCUGGAGUCUCGCGUGGCCCUGGAGUGCAAGGAAGCCUUUGCAGAGCUGCAGACGGACAUCCAUGAGCUGACCAACGACCUGGACGGCGCCGGCAUCCCCUUCCUGGACUACCGCACCUACGCCAUGCGCGUGCUCUUCCCGGGGAUUGAGGACCACCCAGUGCUCAAGGAGAUGGAGGUGCAGGCCAACGUGGAGAAGUCGCUGACGCUGUUCGGGCAGCUGCUGACCAAGAAGCACUUCCUGCUGACCUUCAUCCGCACCCUGGAGGCCCAGCGCAGCUUCUCCAUGCGGGACCGCGGCAACGUGGCCUCGCUCAUCAUGACGGCUCUGCAGGGCGAGAUGGAAUACGCCACGGGCGUGCUCAAGCAGCUGCUGUCUGACCUCAUCGAGAAGAACCUGGAGAGCAAGAACCACCCCAAGCUGCUGCUGCGCCGGACUGAGUCAGUGGCCGAGAAGAUGCUAACCAACUGGUUCACUUUCCUUCUGUACAAGUUCCUCAAG